AUGGGCCAUUUUCCAUCGUCUUUCCACAACCAAUUCAUUAUGUUAGCAGUAGACUAUGUGUCAAAGUGGGUUAAGGUAGCUGGAACAAAGAAAAAUGAUGGAAAAAUCAUCAUGAACUUUCUGCACAAGCACAUUUUCACAAGGUUUGGUACUCCCCGUGCUCUCAUUAAUGAUGAAGGGAGUCAUUUCUGCAAUAAGCAAAUUGAUGCUCUACUUGCUCGGUAUGGAGUAUACCACCGCACUACUUUAACAUAUCACCCUCAAUCAAAUAGUCAAGCUGAAAUAUCAAACAGGGAGGUGAAAAGUAUCAUUGAGAAGACGGUGGAUAGCUCCAAGAAAAAUUGGUCUAAGAAGCUUGAUGACACGCUUUGGGCCUAUAGGAUGGCAUUCAAAACUCCAAUUGGGAUGUCUCCUUAUAGGUUGGUUUUUGGGAAAGGGUGUCACUUACCAAUUGAACUAGAGCACCGAGCUUAUUGGGCAAUGAGGAAGCUAAAUUUUGAUGAGAGUGCAGUGGAACAGAAUAGGCUAUUGCAAUUAAAUGAGCUUGAUGAGUUUCGAAAUGAGGCCUAUGAGAAUGCCAAGAUUUACAAGGAGUGCACUAAGGCAUGGCAUGACAAGAACUUAAUCAUAAAAGAGUUUCAACCCAAACAACAAUAUGACAUUGUGUUGCUAGUGUUUGAUGAUAUUUCAGAUUUAUGGGAAGAAUUAUUGACAAAACCAAAAGAUAAAGAAAAGGCUGGAUUUUCCAUGGCUGAGAAUCAAGGAAAUGCAACAAACAAUGUUGCUAAUGUUAAUAAUAUCCCAAAUAUUGCAGCGGUCCCAGUGGACAGAGGACCAAGGACGCUUAGAGACUAUUCUACUAUUCAGUUUGGGGGGUUGCCCAUGGAAGAUCCUAAUUUGCACAUAUCCAAUUUCCUAGAGCUAUGUGCAACAUUGAAGAUGAACAGGGCGAGUGACGCUGCAAUUAGACUUAGAUUAUUUCCAUUCUCUCUACGAGACCAAGAGAAGAGUUGGCUAAUUUCACUGCAAGCUAAUUCUAUCACAACAUGGGAGGAGUUGGCUUAG